AUGAGUAAUAAUAUGAAAAUAAAUUCCUUGACAUGCACAGGGAGCCCUUGGAGCCCCGCGAAAAUCCGAUGCGAUGAGCUUUUAACAUAAACAUGUGUGCAAAAUAAUGUCAAUCAAUAGUUGAUCACUAAACUACAGUACAACAAGAGCAAGGAUCUGUAUCCGUUAUACAACAAAGGAGGAAGGACAACCACAGAGGAAGUGUUUGUGUUUCAUCCUCCAUCCACGGAACAGCAACAGAAUGACUUAACAUGGCGCGCUAAAAUUCAGUAUAGCCUGCAUGCAUUGUACUAUUAUGUGCGAAUGCACUGUAUAUACGUGAACCGGCUAGCGCUGAUAUCUUCACGUCGAUAUCGCACAAGGGCAGUUCGCGCAGUAAACAUCAUUAUCAGCAGGGGUCAUUUUUCAAUGACUGAUAUAGAGCGAUAUGGUCACGAUCGUGACCGCUGACCUCUACUGCCUAUAUGUAGCAUAAUGAAAACAAAGGCUAUUUUACACGACGCACUUGACCCUUGCAAAUCGUCUCUGUUUCGCGUACAGAGUCUAUGCUUGUAUACUUCAAUGAGGUUUAAAUCUCUCUUGUCACUUUAGGUCACGUAUAGCAUCAUCAUCAUGGUAUCAGUUGAACCAUAGAUCUGUUCCUUGCUUAUCAUGGAACUAAUGAGAAUAUACCACUGCCGACUAUAAUUAGUAUUUCCAUGGAGCUAUGGAUAAACACAGGUUUGGACCAUGCUUGCAGCACAUGUAUCAAAGCAACCAGGAAAUAUCGGCACCUGUGCAUUAGAUCAUCAUUGAUGUCAGUCGCAUGAGGAGUCGAAGCAUCUUCGUAAGACGAGAGGAACACAACCACAUCGACAAAUGAUUCGUCUGCGAGUUUGGUGGUGGCGCUGGGUCAUUCCUGUUGUGGUGUGCCUACAGUAUUGUCUGACAUAUGGGAUUUUGUACAACUACAGCAUUUUAUUCGUGAGUCUGCUGAAAGAGUUUAACUCCACAGCUGUACUGGCAGGUUGGCCAGGAUCACUUGGCAAUGCUUUGGCCGGCCUGGUGAGCCCCCUGACCGCCCUUCUGAUGACGAAGAUGAAAUUUCUCAAAGUGGUCAUCCUCGGACACGUCAUCAUAUGCGUUGGAUAUCUUCUAACCUCCAUCGUUCCUGCGCUAGGCUACGCCGUGUUUACCUUCGGUGUCAUGGGUGGAGUUGGCGUUAACAUCGUGAUCCACGCGGUCACGGGGUUGGUUUUGGAGUGGUUCCCCAAGGACAAUUUCGGUCGAGCAAAUGGCAUUGCUGUUUUAGGAUCUUCGUUAGGCAUGUUGGCCUUCAGUCCUUUGUUAAGUACUUGCAUCACUCAGUUCGGAUGGCGACGGGCUCUGAGAUACAUCUCUGUGGGGACAUUGGCGUUAGGUAUCAUGGUGAGCUUCUUUCUGACUGACCCACCGACGGAGGACGAGGGCAACAGUGAAGGGGGAGAUGAGGGAAAACCAGGGGUAGACGAAAGGGAACGAAUCGCCCUAGAGACAGUUGAAACCUUGGAUCCGGACCACCCUACAGAAAGAACACUGGUGGGAGAGGGCCAAGGAGAUGAAGAGGAACCCCGUGAAAACCACAAACAGAGGAUCCACACGCCAAGCUGCGAAGUUAAAGGCAGCAGUAAAGGUCGUAGCAGCUUCGCUGUCUCAGAGGUAUUCCGGAUGAUAACUGAUGUCGAACCAUGGGCGUGGACUAUUGGAGCUUGUAUGGCCAUGAUGAGCUGGACAUUUUUCGGCAUCAACUUUGCCAGUUUCAUGGAUGGCCGCGGUCUUAGCAGUGACCGCAUAGCUGUGGUUAUCAUGUUAUUUGCUAUUGGAGAAAUUGGCGGGAAGAUUCUUAUCAGCGUUGUUGGAGAUCAUCUACCGUGUCAACGGAUCUACUUUCUGGCCUUCUCCGUGCUUCUAGGAACAGUUGCGCUGGGCGUUAUGACGGUGGUUCAGACCUUUCCACAAAUGAUGGCGCUUUCAAUAUUUUCGGGCUUUCUUCGGUCGGCAUUGUAUGGAGGCUCGAACGCAGUUGUCGCCGACCUCUUCUCCACAUCCUACAGCUCUGGUUGUCUCAUGAUCCUUGCAUUCUUUCCGUACGGUAUCGGCGCACUACUCGGCGCUCCAUUGUCAGGUGGACUGUAUGACAUAACAGGUGACUACGUACUCAGCCUUAUCGUCAUCGCCGCCAUCUUUGUUUGCGCAUCGCUCACGUUCCUGUCAAUCCCAUUUCGACGGAGAAUGAGGUCACGUAGUAUAUGUUGCUACUCUGGCAAGACUCGACCUGUUCAGUUAUGAAGUGAAUGUCUGAAAGAGAAACGGAUACCUUGCCCCGUUUUGAGGAAAGCUAGAGUUACAUUGUGCUUGAUCCUCCUAUAAGGAUUGGAGCAUAUAACCUGUGUUUGAAAUCGGGAUUGGGAUCAACUAAUAGGGUUACGGACACUUGGAAACAUGAGCAAACUGCACUGCAGUGACGUUGACCCUACACAAAUCACGACGACAUUUUCGACACUUUUUGUCGAGGUCACUUUCUUAGCAGUGAUUCACCUUGGCAACUAGGCAUAUACAUCUGCGCCAUUCUAAAUUUGGUGCGAAAUAAUUAACAUUUAAUUUUACCAUUGAAGUCGUGAAUUAUCACCUAAGAAACAGGGCCACAAUUAUGCUAGUAUAUAGAAUCCUGUUUAACCAUGAACCUAUUGUCAAGGAAUAGGAGCGGGUUGACUGCUGCCAAGGUGCGGGCCAGCGUGGACUCCAUUCACCUCGGGGUUGAGGGUGUGUACCUUGGGAUGGAAUGACAACUCCGGACUGCACUGAUCUUGUACUUGAUUAUCUCAUUAUUUAAUUAUAUCUGUUCAUCUCUCAUCGAUCAUCGAUUAACAUUGGCACAUGGUAGAAAAGUACCGUUAGAAAAGAAACCCCCAAGCGGCGUGCUCUCACUCACAGCUGCCUAUUCUGGCAUCCUGUCAGGAUGCCUAUCAUCCCCCAAUAGAGAGAAUGUCGCCCGUAAAUUCCAGCGACCAUCAAAGUCUUCCGGGUCUAUCGGCAGCGAAAAGCGUAGACAGCGAGAACCCUGACGAGUAACGCACUCGCGUCCUGAGCGGACUUAUCAUUCCGCACUUAAACUAAAAUAUUCAUUUUAGUUAACAAAAAGUACAAGAUGCCCCAUAAACUACCCAGACAGAAUUAAUAAUAUACAUGUAUUAUGUAAAGCCUAUAUUUCAAUGGUUGAGAAUGUAUACUGGUUUACAUGUGUUAAGUGUCAUCUGCCCAGAUACAGUGUAAAUGUACUUGACAUUAAAGGGACUUCUUAAUAAUAUAGAUACAAAAGAUGAACUGUACACAACCCUAUCUGUCAAAGGGAAAAAUACCCCGUUCUCCCAUGGCACACUUUCCCUGUUUAACGAACCAUGUGACCUCGAUUGGUUUAAACCUAUUUUUGAUUCCAGAAAUAAUUUCACAGGAAAUCAUAGACAUUCACAAAUGCGAACAAUAAU